AUGUCGGGCACGUUCUCUUCCCCAUUGGCUCAGCCAUGUGUCAGUCAAGCCAGAUUACGGAAGUGUAGCCCACCCACUACAAAGAUGGAGGACGAUAUCUCAAAUUUGAGCAGACCUCAGAUGUAUUUGUUUGGUUGUACCCUCAAAUCCGACAAACGGGAGUUCAGAGUUGACGUAGACGACGAUGAUACGGAGCAGCAGCUGUCACUCAAAGCAGUGUGUCUGGGGGCUGAGGCUGAGGAUAAGUUCCACAUGGUGGAAGUGGAGGGUCUCACCUAUGAUGGGAAAUCAACCAAAGUCCCACUGGUUGCCCUGAAACCGUCCGUCAUGCCCUCUAUGACUUUAGGAGGAUUUGAAAUCACGCCUCCAGUCACCUUCCGUCUCCAGUCUGGCUCUGGACCAGUUCACAUCAGCGGGCAGCAUUUUGUUAGUGUGAAGGAUUCAGACGAUGAAGAAGAGGAGAACAACUCGUCACCUGUGAAGCGGCCUGCAAGCCUGAUGUCGGGGAAGAAGCCUCCUUUGAAAAAACUGAAGAUGGAUUCGGACGACGAUGACGACAGCGACGAUGACGAUGAAGACGAUGACAGCGAUGAAAAUGAUGUGACGCCUCAAAAGAAUGUUGGAAAAGAGCUCAAAAAAAGCCCAGAGUUUUCAGCAAAGAAGCCCAACAAGACUCCGGUGAAACAAAACGGCCCCGCAGGAAAACCAUCAGGAUCAGCGGUCAAACCUCAAGUUAAGUGGAACCUCACCCUUACCUGGUACAAGGUGUAA